CGCGAUCUUUGUGCCAUCCUCCGCUUUUCUGCACGUCGACGCCCGCUACGAUGUCUUCGACGAUCCCUAUCAACCACUUCGACCCGACGGCGCCGACGCCCCAAAACACGCCCCUCUCACAUGCUCCCAUCGCCGCCGGUCUCUCGCGCCCCACAGUGCCCGAUAUUACUGAGGACAAUGAGGAGGAGGAUGACGCUGGCGCAAUCCAGCAGGCGAUGCUCGGCCUUGUGCACGGCAAGCUCUCUGGGCUCGUAGGGAAGAGCUCCGGUUACAUCGAGAACCUCCCCGUUGAGGUCAAGAAGAACGUCGAGGCGCUCAAAGGGGUGCAGGUGAAGCAGAUCGAGCUGCAGAACCAGUACAAGCGCGAGUGUCUCGAGCUUGAGAAGAAGUAUCUCGAGCUCCAAAAGCCGUUGUAUGAGCGCCGUCAGGCAAUCAUCACUGGUGCGGCACAACCUACCCCCGAGGAGAUCGAGGCGGGUGAGGCGCAGUCGACCAAAGACGACCCUGAGUACACCCCUCUGCCCAAGGAUGUCGCUCCGGCAAGCACCGGUAUCCCCGAGUUCUGGCUUACGGCGCUCCGGACGCACGUCGCGUUUUCGGAUAUUAUUACCGACCGCGACGCGGACGCGCUCAAGAGCCUGUCGGACAUCCAGAUCGAGUACCUCCCCACGACGGAGAAGAAGCCGGGCUUCAAGCUACGCUUCUUCUUCGGCCCGAACGACUUCUUCGAGAACGACGUGCUCGAGAAGACGUAUCUGUACCAGGAGGAGGUCGGCUACUCAGGCGACUUCAUGUACGACCACGCGAUCGGAACGGAGAUCAAGUGGAAGGAGGACAAGGACCUGACGAAGGAGUUUGAGGUCAAGAAGCAGCGCAACAAGAACACGAACCGCACGCGUCUGGUCCGGAAAGCGCGCCCGACCGCGUCGUUCUUCAACUUCUUCAGUCCUCCCCUGCCCCCCUCAGACGAGGCCAUCGAGAGCGGUGACCUUGAGGAGGAGGAGCUUGAGGAGCUCGAGGAGAAGCUUGAGAUGGACUACCAGCUCGGCGAGGAUCUCAAGGAGAAGGUCAUCCCUCGCGCGAUUGACUACUUCACCGGCAAGGCGCUUGAGUACGAGGACUUCGAUGACGAGGAUGACUUCGAAGACCUUGACGACGAUGAGGAUGAUGAGGAUGAUUUCGAGGAUGAUGAUUCCGACUCUGACGCUGAGCCUCCCGCAAGGAGACGCGGCCCGCCGAAGGGCCGCGGCGCGGGUGCGGCUGCGGGCUCUAACCCCGAGGAAUGCAAGCAGCAGUGAUCGCGUCUGAUCCUUGCCACGCCAUGCUCUCCAACUCACCGGUCGCUCGCCUGAAGCACGAUCCCUCCACCAUCUUGCCCCUCGCACUCUUCUCGAAUCUCAAUCGCAUCCCUCAUUAUGGUCAUGUUCCGCGUCUCGCCCCCAACCCCUUUCCGCCCGUCUCUGCCGGCACGUAAAGCAAAGUUGUAAUCACUCUCCCUUUUUUCACACCUGUAUUACCCGUCGAACUUGGUUGUGUGCGAUGCUGUUGUUACUACUUCCAGAACCACGCCCGUUUACGUUGACUCCGCCCGGGCCUCCCCCUCGAAUGAACCAAAUUGCUCUUCCCCCGUAAUACGCGAUCGUCGCAUAACAUUCCCCGGACAAAUAAACGUUGGUACUGCCCCGCCAGUACCCGUUAGCAGUACGUUAUUCGCAUG